AUGGCGGCGGCGGCGGGGAAUCGCACCUCGUCGUCGGGAUUAUCCUCGGGCAGCAGCGCGGACGCCGCCGCCGCCGCCUCCGGGAGCCUGCAGAGCGGCGCGGGGAGCGUGCCCGGCAGCGGCGGGGGGCUGCUGCGGGCGGCGGGCGGCGGGUGCCGGGAGCAGCGCUCCGACUGGAGACGGAAGCAGCUGCGCAAAGUGCGGAGCGUGGAGCUGGACCGGCUGCCGGAGGCGCCGCUCUUCCUGGCCGGUUCGCCGGAGUCCCCCGACCUCUCGCCGCCCCGCUGCCUCGCCGGCGGCUCCGGCCCCGCCAGCCCCGCGUCCUCCCCCGGCCGCUGCGCCGCGCCCCACGAGCCGCUGCCGGACGGGAGCCCCGCAGGAGCCGACCCCGCCGCCGAGAGGAGGAUGGAGCCGUCUCCCCCUGCCGGUCGUGACAUGGAGAAUAAAGAAACCCUCAGGGGGUUGCAGAAAAUGGAUGACCGCCCAGAAGAGCGCAUGAUCAGGGAGAAACUCAAGGCAACAUGUAUGCCAGCCUGGAAGCAUGAAUGGCUGGAAAGGAGAAGCAGGAGAGGCCCUGUGGUGGUAAAACCAAUCCCAGUGAAAGGUGAUGGCUCUGAAAGCAACAAACUAUCAAUAGAACCUCACGUUGAAGGGCAAAGCAAUGCUUCUGCAACUCAGAAAGGAAGACGUAGCCCUUCUCCUAGUAGCUCCUCAUCCUCAUCCUCUAGAACUGUUAAAUCAGAAUCACCAGGUGUUAGAAGAAAAAGGGUAUCUCCAGUGCCUUUUCAAAGUGGGAGAAUAACACCACCUCGAAGAGCUCCGUCUCCAGAUGGCUUCUCACCAUAUAGCCCUGAGGAAACAAAUCGUCGUGUCAACAAAGUUAUGCGAGCCAGAUUGUACCUGUUGCAGCAGAUAGGACCUAAUUCUUUCUUAAUUGGAGGAGACAGCCCUGAUAACAAGUAUAGGGUGUUCAUUGGGCCUCAGACAUGCAGUUGCGGGCGUGGAACAUUUUGUAUUCAUUUGCUGUUUGUCAUGCUUCGAGUGUUCCAGUUAGAACCCCCAGACCCAAUGCUUUGGAGAAAGACCUUGAAGAAUUUUGAGGUUGAGAGUUUGUUCCAGAAAUAUCACAGUAGGCGUAGCUCAAGGAUCAAAGCUCCAUCUCGUAACACCAUCCAGAAGUUUGUCUCACGCAUGUCAAAUUCUCAUACGUUGUCAUCAUCUAGUACCUCUACAUCUAGUUCAGAAAACAGUAUGAAGGAUGAAGAAGAACAGAUGUGCCCCAUUUGUUUGUUAGGCAUGCUGGAUGAAGAGAGCCUGACUGUGUGUGAAGAUGGCUGCAGGAAUAAGUUACAUCAUCACUGCAUGUCAAUUUGGGCAGAAGAAUGUAGAAGAAACAGAGAGCCACUUAUAUGCCCUCUUUGUAGAUCUAAGUGGAGAUCUCAUGAUUUCUAUAGUCAUGAAUUGCCAAGCCCUGUGGAUUCUCCUUCAGUUCUCAGAGUGGUUCAACAGCAAAAUCAGCAGCAGCCUACAGGUGGAUCGCAAAGGAGAACACAAGAUAGUAAUUUUAACCUUACUCAUUAUGGGGUUCAGCAGAUCCCUUCCGCCUAUAAAGAUUUAGCUGAGCCAUGGAUUCAGGUAUUUGGAAUGGAGUUAGUUGGCUGCUUGUUUUCUCGAAACUGGAAUAUACGGGAGAUGGCACUUAGACGUCUUUCCCAUGAUGUUAGUGGUGCUCUAUUACUGGCUAAUGGUGAAAGCACUGGAAAUUCUGGAAGCAGCAAUGGAAACAACACAAGUGCUGGAGUUCUGGGAGCAGCUAGUGGAUCAUCUCAGACCGGUAUCUCAGGAGAUGUUGUAGUGGAAUCCUGCUGCAGUGUGCUGUCCAUGGUCUGUGCUGACCCUGUCUACAAAGUGUAUGUUGCUGCUUUAAAAACAUUAAGAGCCAUGCUGGUUUAUACUCCUUGUCAUAGUUUGGCAGAAAGGACAAAACUACAGCGACUUCUCAAGCCAGUUGUAGAGACUAUAUUAGUUAAAUGUGCAGAUGCCAACAGCCGCACAAGCCAACUUUCAGUUUCAACGCUGUUGGAGAUGUGUAAAGGCCAAGCAGGAGAGCUGGCAGUUGGUAGAGAAAUACUUAAAUCUGGGUCCAUUGGUAUUGGUGGUGUUGAUUACAUCUUAAAUUGUAUUCUUGGAACCCAGACUGAAUCGAACAACUGGCAAGCCCUACUUGGACGUCUUUGUCUUAUAGACAGACUUUUAUUGGAAUUCCCUGGUGAAUUUUAUCCUCACAUUGUCAGCGGGGAUGUUUUACAGGCUGACACUGUAGUAGACAGGUAUAAGAAGCUGCUGUCCCUCUUGAAUUUUGCCUUGCAGUCAAUUGAUAAUUCCCACUCAAUGGUGGGUAAAUUGUCCCGGAGGGUAUUUUUGAGUGCUGCAAGAAUGGUUGCAAGAGUACCCCAUGUGUUCGUAAAACUAUUAGAAAUGUUGAGUGUGACAAGCUCAACUCAUUACACAAGGAUGCGUCGACGAUUGUUGGCAAUAGCAGAUGAAAUGGAGAUUGCAGAAGCCAUCCAGCUAGGCAUGGAAGAGGUGCAUUCUGUGGAAUGCAGAUGUGAUGACUUUAUGCAGCUAUCUGCCCCAGAUAACUCUCCAGAAACAACAGAAAGUAAUACUCCUAACAAUACUGUCCAGUUAUCAGGGAAAAGUGGAAGAAGAUUGGGUGAUAAAAAAUUGAGUGCCGGUCCAGAGGACAUUUCUGAGAUACUGGCUGGCAUUUCUUUAGGACUUCCUGUUUCAUCAGUAACCACUGAGCAACCAAAGCCAGCCGUUCAAACAAAAGGCAGACCCCAUAGUCAGUGUUUGAACUUUUCUCCCUCAUCCAGUCAUUCCCAGUCAUUAUUCCCAAUACUGCCCUCUCCCUCAACCCCAGCUGUACCAGUUGGCCCUGUAACAGAUAUGUCUAAAGUCAGACCUCAGGGAUUCAUUCCCUGCAAAAUACCCUCAACUUCUCCUCAAACACAACGGAAACUUUCUCUACACAUAGAAAGAAACUGUUCUGAAAAUAAAGAACCAGAGAAACUUUCCCCAGUUUUUACCCAGGCCAGAGCUAUGCCAUCCAGUCAUAUACACAGGCCAAAGCCAUCUCGACCUACUCCAGGUGAAGCCUCAAAAACCAAUAUGACACUUGAUCUGAAUGAUAUUUUACAGUGUGACAGCAGUAGCAGUUGUAGUAAUGCAAUUAUACCAAGUGAAGAGACCGUGUUCACACCAGUAGAGGAGAAGAGUAGUCAACUGGAUGUCAAUGCAGAGCUCAAUUCCAGUAUUGAGGACUUACUUGAGGCCUCUAUGCCUGCAAGCGAUGGCACGGUUACAUUCAAGUCGGAAGUUGCAGUUCUUUCUCCUGAACGGGUGGAAAACGAUGACACUUACAAAGAUGAUGUAAAUCAUAAUAAAAAAUGCAAGGAAAAGAUGGAAGCCGAAGAAGAGGAGGCUUUAGCUAUUGCCAUGGCAAUGUCAGCGUCUCAAGAUGCCCUACCAAUAGUUCCCCAACUACAGGUUGAAAAUGGGGAAGAUAUCAUAAUUAUUCAGCAGGAUUGCACAGACAUAAGGAGGACACAGUUCCUAGGAAUUCGAAUCAAAUACAGAUACAGACAAGCAGCUGCCAGUACACCGGAAACACUGCCUGGACAUACCAAAGCAAAACACCAUUACAGAGAAGAUGCGGAAUGGCUCAAAGGUCAGCAAAUAGGCCUUGGAGCAUUUUCAUCCUGUUAUCAAGCUCAAGAUGUAGGAACUGGGACAUUAAUGGCGGUGAAACAGGUGACGUAUGUCAGGAACACAUCAUCUGAACAGGAAGAGGUAGUCGAAGCACUGAGAGAAGAGAUAAGGAUGAUGAAUCAUCUGAACCAUCCUAAUAUCAUUCGAAUGUUGGGUGCUACAUGUGAGAAGAGCAACUAUAAUCUCUUUAUAGAAUGGAUGGCAGGGGGAUCAGUUGCUCAUUUGUUAAGUAAAUAUGGAGCUUUCAAAGAAUCAGUUGUUAUUAACUACACAGAACAACUGCUGCGUGGCCUUUCUUACCUCCAUGAGAAUCAGAUUAUCCACAGGGAUGUCAAAGGUGCCAAUUUGCUAAUUGACAGCACAGGUCAUAGAUUAAGAAUUGCUGAUUUUGGAGCUGCAGCCAGGUUGGCGUCAAAGGGAACUGGUGCUGGAGAGUUUCAGGGACAGUUGUUGGGAACUAUUGCAUUUAUGGCACCAGAGGUACUGCGAGGCCAGCAAUAUGGUAGGAGCUGUGAUGUAUGGAGCGUUGGCUGUGCUAUUAUAGAAAUGGCUUGUGCUAAACCACCUUGGAAUGCUGAGAAGCACUCCAAUCACCUAGCUUUGAUAUUUAAGAUUGCUAGCGCAACUACUGCACCGUCAAUCCCCUCACAUCUGUCUCCUGGUUUAAGAGAUGUGACCCUUCGGUGUUUAGAACUUCAACCUCAGGACAGACCCCCAUCACGGGAACUGCUGAAACACCCAGUCUUCCGUACUACAUGGUAGCUAAUUAUGUAAAAAUUAUGAUUUACUGAAGAUGCUACUGAAUAUGGAACAAUGCCCAUCUCGCAGUGCUGUUUAGCACCGCAGCAUGUAUUAUUCUACUGGUCUUAAUUAUACAUCAAGGAUUUAAGGCCAGUGGAGGAUCCUUACCUAAGUAUGUGAUUGACAAAUCGAGAUCUUUACCUAAGCUCAGUAUGCAACCUUUCACAACUUGUGAAGAAAUAUGUGAACUGUGCCUUUUCAAAGAUCUGGCUCUAGGUGAACAAGCAAACAUUUUUCUUUAAAUCUGCAUGAUUGUUUAGCAGAUAAGAUUUAUUUUCUUUUGGAGCACUUUUUCAGCAAUAUUAGCAGCUGAGGGGCUCAGGAUCUAUUUUAAUGUUGCAAUCACUGUUCCGUUUCACAUUGUGGUCAUAAGCAGAGGGUUCUGCAAUUCCAUUCAGUUUUUCAUCACUGACUAAAAAGGAAAUUCUGUAUAUGUUCCUUUUAUUUCACAAAGUAUGUUCUCUUAGUGGAGUAAUAAAUACAAACAUGGAUGAAUACUUUUAAAACCAUAUUCUGCCGUCAUUAAAAAUGUGACAAGGCAGCUGUGAUUCACUGUGCAUUUACUGCUGGCCCUGUAAUUUCCUUUUUGAAGUUAUGGUUCUAUACUUUCAUUUUAUUUUACAUUCAGGGAAAGGUGAUCUUUAAAACAAUCAAUCUUCAGAACUAGAUGUCACUGAAUAUCUUGCUGAUUGAAGAAUACAGGUUUAUUUGAAAUCUGAAAAAAAAAACUGAUAGUUUCAGGCUCUCAUAGUGCAGGUAUUUUUUUUUAAAAAGGAAGAUUUCUGUGCAUAAAAACAACUUGUAACCCCAGAUCAUGUUAAAUGUUAGGUUUUGAGCCUAUUUUCGUGUAACAAUUUCUUUUGGUAAACUGUGUAGACAAGUUUCAUGUCAAGAGCCCUGCCCAUAGCUCCCAUUAAAGUCUGUGGGAGUUUUUGCCUUUGACCUAAGUGGGAGUAGGACCAGGGUCUGGAUUCAAGUCUCUCAGGCUACGUCCUCACUACGGGGGCGGGGAGUCAAUUUAAGAUAUGCAAAUUCAGCUACGCGAAUAGCGUAGCUGAAUUCGACGUAUCCGAGCCGACUUACCCCGCUGUGAGGACAGCGGCAAAUCAACCUCCUCGGCUCCCCCGUCGACAGUGCUUACUCCUACCUGCGCUGGUGGAGUACAAGUGUCGAUUCGGGGAUCGAUUGUCGCGUCCCAACGAGGGGUGAUAAUUCAAUCCUCGAGAGAUCGAUUUCUACCCGCCGAUUCAGGCGGGUAGUGAAGACGUAGCCUUCCUGUGUAACAAAACUGUAUUCAUGUUCACCACUGAUAUUAAGUUUUAGCUGCUGUUUUCCUUCUGCUAUACAUCAUCUAUUUACAGUAGCAACUGAUUAUGUAAUUUGAAAAUCUGUUAAAAAUAUGACCUUACCCUAAUAAAAAAGUCUUGAUUUUAACAAGAAAUGAACUUGGACUUGAAAAGCAAGUUAAGACAAAAGUUGAUGUAAAGCUUCACCUGUAGUACAAAACUUUGAGUUUUUUAAACAGGCGUUUUCUUUUUUUAAAACCGUCUUUUAAUGGUUUUAAAGGCAGGUUUUUAGAUUCUGAUGCAUGUAAUUCUGAAGGAAAAUGGCAGCUGUUCUUUUGCUUUUUAAUGGGGGGGGUCUUUUUAAAUCAAGUACUGAUUGUGUUUAAUCCUUUUUUUUUUUUUUUUUUAAUAACUGUUCAUGUUUUAACUCUUCAGAAGCCAGUUGAAUUGCUGGACUGAAAUCAAAUUGGUUAUUUUCAAAGACUCAGGACAAACUAAAUAAGCUACAGUACAUUAAAAAUGUACACAAAACAUAAAUUGGAAGUAAAACAAGUUUAAGAUAAGUUUACAGGAAUGAUAGUGCUCAUGCUAAUAAAACAGUUUCAUUAGACAUGAAUGUGUAUUUCUUUUUGAAAUUUUACAUUCCUUUGUUUUGGAAAAUUGGCAAACUUUGAAGAGUUAAAAAAAAAUACCGAAAUGUGAAGUUUGGUAGCUCUAACUGUAUUGUACUUGACUUUUCUUUCAUUUUUUUUUUUUUUUUUAACUGCUUAAAAUUCUUAUUUCCAAGUCUUUCUUAUGUGCAAGCUUUAAAGGAUGCACUCUUGCCAAUUCAUGUACUGGAAGAUCGGUUGUCAGAUUUGUACUUUUUCUGGCAGAAAUGUAAACUGUAUACACUGAUGAACCUCAGCUAAUCAGUAUUACUUUGUAGAUCACCAUGCCUACCACAUUUCAAACUCAGACUGCCUCUAGAUGUCCAAAUGCAUAUUGUUUGAGUUUGUUUGCAUUUCCCUCGGCUUGCUGGUAAUUGUGGUGUUUUUAAAAUGCAGAUGUGAUGUAAUAUUCUUAUUUUCUUUGGAUCAAAGCUGGACUGAAAAUCGUAUUGUGUAAUUAUUUUUGUGUUCUUAAUGUUAUUUGGUACUUAAGUUGUAAAUAACGUCUACUGCUGUUUAUUCCAAUUUCUACUACCUCAGGUGUCCUAUAGAUUUUCUUCUACCAAAGUUCACUUUCACAAUGAAAUUAUAUUUGCUAUGUGACUGAUUCCUAAGACUUCCAGGGCUUAAGGGCUAACUUCUAUUAGCACCUUACUGUGCAAGCAAAUUUUACAGAAAUCUCUGGGUUAAGAAAAUUUGGCUUCGUUGUAUCCUUUGUUAUUUUAAAUAUAUCAAGAUAUUUUAAUUAAAAGUUUUUACCCCGUUGAACCAAUUUUAUAGUAUAAUUUGUACCUAUUUUGGUGUUUUUGUCUUUAUAGUAAAUAAAAGAUUUUGAACAAA